AUGCCGAACGAGGACAUUUCCAGUUCCGCGCCAUUGACCUCUUUCAACGGUGUCCUCGACAAAUAUGUUCACAUCUCGCCAUCUAAGAAUGGACGAGCAGAGCAACAGCCUGCUUCGCCCACCAAAAGAUCAUCACCAUUGAAACGAAAACUCGAAGACGCUGGCAGUGAACCCGGGGGCGAUGUCGCAUCGCUGCUCAGUGAACCCUUCUCGCGGCCCCCGAUAUCCCCAACCCGACGAAUGACCCGGUCUCAAUCCGCCCAAACCCUCGAGAGACCUUGUCGUCCGUCCCCCACGAAACGCACCCGCAGCUUUAAAUCCGCUCCACCGGCCUCCGACCUAGCCACACCAAGCGGCCCGAUCAGCCUGCUGCACGACACCAUUCCCCAAGGCCUUAUUCUUCUCUUUAUCGGCGUCAAUCCCGGCAUCAUGACAGGCCAAACUGGCUUCGUCUACGCCCACCCGUCCAAUCUAUACUGGAAACUCCUUCAUUGGUCGGGCAUAACGAUCCGUCAACAUCCGCCUAGCGAUACGUAUCGGCUUCCGGAGCUGUACGGCGUGGGUAAUACGAACAUCGUGGCGCGCCCGACGCGCGACGCGAGUAUGUUGUCCAAGGCGGAGAUGGAUGCGGGUGUGCCGGUACUUGAAGAGAAAGUGAGGAGAAAUAGGCCCGAGGCUGUGUGUCUGGUUGGGAAGAGCAUCUGGGAAGCAAUUUGGAGGGUGAGGAAAGGGAAGAAUAUUAAAAAGGAGGAGUUUAGGUAUGGGUGGCAGGAUGAAAGUGAGAAUAUGGGAGUGAUAAAGCCGGGAGAAGGAGACAACGAGGAGUGGAAAGGAGCGAGGGUAUUCGUCGCUACGACGACAAGCGGAUUAGCUGCGACCAUGUCUUUGGCGGAGAAGAAAGCGGUAUGGAAUGAGUUGGGAGCUUGGGUAAAGCAGAAGAGAGUGGAAAGGCAUUUUGUGCCUAACGGUAAUUGA